GAAACUUCCUAAACGUGAUGUCCCUUGGCCGGUUGUGCAACAACCAAGAGGUAGAGGUGAUGAUGAUGAUGAUGAGGAUGCAGGUAAGCCUUAUGCAUAUUCUGUCGUUUAGAUGAAUUGUAUUCUUCUCAUAUGAAUCCUAAUGUCUGCGUUACUCAUCCAUGUGCAGAGGGGAAUAGCAGGUUAUGCGUCUCGGUGAGAGACUACUACUGUUACAUGCUCCAGACAUGACCUGGGAUAUUCAAUCCCAUACUCUGUGGAGCACGAUUGCUCCAGCAAUGGGGGGUGGACAUGUACAUCAAGAUUGAGAGUUGUAGGUUGAAAUGGUACAGGAAGAACCAGACAAAGAUCCGUGCCGACCUGUAUAAAGGAGUUGUUGAUGCAAUUACAUCCGGGGAGUCCCGGGCAAGCGCUGUUGGAGUAAGGAUAGUGCUACCUGGAACGUACCCAGGUGGCGACCGCGACAUGAAGCGGAGGCAUAUGGAUGCCAUGGCAAUUGUCCAUACCUACGGGAAGCCUGACAUCUUCUUGACCAUGACCUGCAAUCAUAACUGGGAAGAGAUAACGAAUGAGUUGUUUCCUGGUCAGACAGCGCAAGACCGACCUGAUCUUGUGGCUCGUGUGUUCCAUGGCAAGCUAGAGGCUAUGAAAGAGAUGUUGUUCAAGAAGAAUAUCCUGGGUGUUGUUGUUGCACAUGUAUACGUAGUCGAGUUCCAAAAGAGGGGCCUCCCCCACGCACACUUUUUGUUGAUCAUGGAUUCUGCCUAUAAGCUUGUCGUUCCAGAGCAGUACGACCGACUCAUUUCUGCCGAGCUCCCAGACAAGCAAAAGUAUCCUGAACUCCACGCCUUGGUGGUGAAACAUAUGAUGCAUGGACCAUGCGGUGCUCUCAACCCCAAAAAUGUUUGCAUGCAACAGAACGAGUGCAAGUGCAGAUACCCGCGGUCGUUCAAUGAAAACACGGCACAGGGCAAGGACAAAUACCCUGUUUAUCAUCGUCGAGAUAAUGGUCGGCAGGCUAAGGUCCGGGGUAAAAUGUUGGACAACAGAUGGGUUGUGCCGUAUAACCCUUACCUUCUGCGGAUGUUCAAUUGCCACAUCAACGUUGAGGUUUGCUCCAGCAUAAAGGCCGUCAAAUACCUUUACAAGUACAUAUACAAGGGCCAUGAUAGGGCUUCUUUCAGCAUCGACCAGCCCAACGCUGAUGGUAACAUUGAUGAGAUCAAAAGAUACGUAGACGCGAGGUGGGUUACUCCUCCAGAGGCGAUGUGGAGGAUAUUUGGCUUCCCCUUGUGUGCCAAUGACGCGCCUGUCCUACAGUUGCCUCUUCAUCUCCCGAAUAUGCACAGGGUGGCAUUCAAUGAGCAAGCUCACUUGACCGACGUAGUCGCCUCUGAGAAAGCUUCCAAAUCCAUGUUGGCAGAGUAUUUCAAAGCUAACCAAAACCACCCGUGGGCUAGGAAUAUAUUGUACAAGGAUUUUCCUGGAAGGUUUACAUGGCAGAAGGGUAAGAAGUAUUGGAAAGAGCGGGUGGAGCGUUAUCAGAUAGGUCGAAUUGUGUCUGCCAAUCCUGCUGAGGGGGAGCGAUACUAUCUGCGUGUGCUGCUAAACCAUGUUGCUGGCAAGUCAUCCUAUGAGGACCUGCUCACCGUGGACGGUAGGCUAUGCGGGAGCUUUAGAGAGACUGCCAAAAGGUUGGGACUCAUUGAGGCAGAUAACACGCUCGACGACUGUCUUACCGAGGCAGAGCAGUGGGCGAUGCCAUGUUCGCUCAGGAGGCUCUUCGCAACAAUUUUGGUGCACUGUGAGCCAGGCGACUCCAUGGGCAAAGACAUAGCUGAUUUCUCUCUUCCAUGCAUUGACGAUGCAUUCGACCCAACCAAGGGAGAGGCCAGAGAAGUGAUCGAGGAAUCCAACGUCGAUUUUGACAUCAACGACUCUAAAUUGGCUUCGUCGCUAAACUUGGAGCAGAGGGUUGCAUACGACGAGAUACUAGCUUCUGUUGAACGCAGUGAUGGGGGUGUGUUCUUUGUUGAUGGACCGGGAGGUACAGGGAAGACCUUCCUGUACAGGGCGCUGCUCGCCAAGGUUCGAAGCGAGGGAAACAUCACUAUCGCUACCGCGACGUUAGGCGUCGCCGCUUCUAUCAUGCCUGGAGGCAGGACUGCCCACUCGAGGUUCAAGAUCCCAUUGAGCUGCGACGCUGGCGCCUCAUGCACCUUCACGAAACAGAGUGGUCCGCCAAGCUACUGA